UUAUUUCGACACAUGUAACCGUUAUCAUGAACAUAUUGAAAGAACAGCAAAUUAACACACAUUACUCUUAGGCCUAGUAUUAUUAAUAGUAUUAUUGUUCAUUACUUCUGUAUAGUGCUGCUAUGCUCUCUCAAUUGCUAUUAUUUGCUUAAAUAAUUAAAAAUACAUUUAAUAUGUUUAGAGAAAAUCCUUGCGUUUAAUAUAGACUAAAUAAACAUAAACUUCCUUACUGUAAUAGGAGCAACUCUUCAGUACAGGACUGUUUCUAACUAAAAGAUUUAGAAGAUGAGACCCUACAAACAAUUGCUUGAUAUUUUAACCAAUCUGUACAAUCUAGAAACAGUAAAGAACAAGUUACAAAAUAUGAUUGUAGCUAUUGAAUUGAUCAAAACAAAAGGUGACUCAUGGAUCGAAGAAAAAGAAACAUCAACCUACCAAGAAAUAAAACAGUUUAUUACUGACCAAACAUCAGAAGUACUCCAGUGUUGUUUUACUAUGACAGAACAAUUUCAUAAUGGUAACAAGACUAUCUGUUUCAAAGUUUCUCAUCCUGAUCCUGAUUGUGACGAGUCACAAAUAAAAAGAUUAAAUGAAAAUUUGGACAAAUUACAAUGUGAAGUGACAGUAAAAGAUAAACAGAUUGAUAAGCUACUAAAGCUGCUUACAGCCCAGUCUACGGUGUCCAAUGAUAUACACACAUUAGACGGAAAUGUUCUGGAAUUUAGAGCAGACAUUAUGAAAGAACUGCAUGACGAUCGUAGUUUGACCGCACUACUACACACGAAAUGUGAUGCUAUUUCCAAAGAUGUUAAUGAUUACAAGAAACAGGAAGCAAUGAAGGAUAGAAUGCUGGAGUAUGUCAGUAGCAAGACCGAUACUAUUGUCAAACAACAAGAUGAUUUAAAAGCAAAAGUAGAAACUAUUUUACAAAAUCAAGAGGAUUUUAGUUUCCAGAUGGACAAAUUCAAACACAAGUGUGAUUGUAUUGCUGAAGGAGUUGAUACUAGAAAUGUUCCGAAGAAUCCUCUCAGUGCAGUGAAUAAAAACCAAUCUCGUAACACACAACAAGUAAAAAAAAGUACAAGACUACAAGAGCCCUCAGAAUUUGUAUGUAAAGUAACAGGGCUGUCCGAUGUUCAAUGUGUGAGACACUGUCCUCAUAUUAUAGGUCAUCACGAGCAACAAGUGUCAGGCAACAUAGAAGCUGACCUAUAUAAACAUUUCACCAGCUGCACUAAAAAUCCAGGUCAUAAAGACUUCAUACCAGUUGAUACAUUUAAAAUGAUACAUCUACCCAAAGGUCACCGAAACAAAGAUUUGUUUGAGUUGAUCAAAGCCGUGGUUGAGCUGACAGUUAGAGUUAACGUCACGCGGACCAGCCCACACAGGCCAAUGUUUUGGCCGAACACAACGGUUCCAUAUUUUUGUAGACAUCUGAGAGGAAGUAAACAUUUGAGGGGCGGGAGUGGGAUGAUCAACGAGGUCAUCAAGUCAACGGAAGGAGCAUGCCCGUGUGAUACAUGUCAACAAUCAGGCAAUCCGAGCACAGACUGGUGGAAGAUUCGAGUGGGAACAGCGGCCAAUUUAGUUUUCGGUGCCACGGAGGCAAACAGCGCGACUUUAACUUUGUUCUAUGACAACAAAGAGAGCUCAGAGGUCAAUGUCAAGGUUGUGACCACAGAUUUUUAUAAAUAUAUAAAUCGUGACGUUAGUUGGUUUUACUGCGUGACAUGCGACCAGAAACUUGCUGCUGAUCUUUCAAAAGGUGUACAACAUUACUACGAUCUUAUAAAGAAAAAUUUUGAAAUGUACUUAGAAUCUAGAGACGAUUGCAAGUUGAUGUUUAUAGUGUCACACCCUCAUGGGUGUUAUAAACAAAUUAGUAUUGGUCAAUGGAAAGAUAAAAUUAGAAUGAGUGACGGUUCACACAGGUUUACCUACUUAACAUGCACAUGUCCAGGAAGUACAGGAGCCGCUGUCCACUUGGUGGGAUAUGGGCGGCAUGCUCACUCUGGAAGUUUAACAUCUGGACUUAAUUAUAGCAGUGACUAGUUAGUUAUACUUCAUACGCAAUAAGAAAUAAAAGAAACACUGUAACCUAAAACAAGGCUUUAUUAAACUAGAACGACACAUGAACUGACGAAAGAGACUUGGACAGUAGCACACUAAAUCAAUGUUGUGAACACAUUCUCACGACGUUACACAAACAUAAACAAAUAGUAACUAUUUCACCACAUUCACCCCGCCUAGAAUUAAAAUAGCAAGUAAAGUAAUAUAGUAGGCCGUAGUAUAAAUAAAUUAGAGUACUAGUACCACAGUAGAUCAAUAAAUUGUGCCAACAAUUAUUAGUUCUUAUGUAAACAAUAGUGAAUAGCGACACAAGUAAACAUAAAACCAAAAUUAGUAGCAUGAUAGAUAAACAAUUACUAGUUUCUGUUUUAAGCAAUAACAAAUAGUGUAGUAAGUAAACAUAAACUCUAGUAUCAGUAGCUAGAGAUAAACAAUGCCAGUUUAUGUAGUCAGUAUAAGUAGUGCAAUAGAGAAACAACUCUAGACUCUAUAGUUCGGUCUGGUUCUUCUCUCUCUUAAGUUGUAACGGGGUUGACUAUCCUGUUCUACAGUUUGCGAGUCACGAGUGAGUUCCUGAGCGUCAAGUGGGGUAUGAUGGUUCUGUGUAUUUUCAUGAGGAAGCGCUCAGAGGUCCUCAGAACCUUCCAGGGGUUCUUUCCUUUCUUGUAUCACCGUAGGGGUGUUGACUGGUACUUCCGUGUUUUGAGCUUCUGGAGGAUAUUCAUUAUCCUCACCCUGAGCGAAGAACGAAGGUUCACUUGUUGUUGUGGAUGGGGAUGGGGAGGGAGGUUCAGAAUAGAUGUUAUACGCCAUGGCAUGGUUAUGGGCGAAUUCAAGUUGUCUUGCCUCUUCAUAGGCGCACUGUAGAUUUAGAGUAGAUUUCUCUAAGAGUCGCAGCCUUAUGCUGUUUGAAGCCAGUCCAGUAAUGAAGGCGUCUCUUAUGAAGAUGUCUCUGUGUUCUUCAGCGGUGACAGCUUUGAAGUCACAGUCUUUGGCCAUACUUUUAAGCUUAAGUAGGAAGGAGUCAACGGUUUGUCCGUUCUCUUGUCGACAUAGAGUUAUUAUGUGCCGUGCAAAAAUUUCGUUUUUAGGCUUCACGUAGACAUUUUGUAGAACUUUGAUUGAUUCUUCGAACGUGGUACACUCACUUAUGUACUGAAAUACGCUCGAAGAAACGUAGUUUUCAAGUAAUUUCUUUUUGACAAUCUCGCAGUGAGAGAAUGAGGAAAUGAAAUUCUUAAAUAUUCUGAGCCAGUGCAGCCACUUCUCGGCAGCCGAUGGCGAGUUAGACUCUAUGUCUUGCGUUUUUGGCUUAAAUAGACGCUCCAUUUGUAUAACUUUUUUUACUUACAGACUGAGAAUAGUGUUGAACGAAAAUCCAAAUAAGAUCCACGAGACACAUAGAUCUAUAGAAUUGAACAUUUCUAGUUUAAUAAAUUGUAAUAAGAAAUAAAGGAACACUGAAGAGUAACCUAAAACAAGGCUUUAUUAAACUAGAACGACACAUGAACUGACGAAAGAGUCUUGGACAGUAGCACACUAAAUCAAUGUUGUGAACACAUUCUCACAACAUAAACAAAAAGUAACUAUUUCACCACAAGAGCGUAAAAACAUAAAUAUACUAUAUACAUUUUUUGUUUCCUUAAAUAUCCGUUGUAACAAUUAUUAUUUUUACGUUUAACAAGUUAACCUUUAAAAAAUAUCACGUGAUAUAUUUUUUUUAGAUAUUCCAUCAGUUAAAAAAAAGGAACUUUAAAUUCCAUGUAUAGUCACGUGAAAUUACACAAAUUACAAAAUAUAUAUUCAUGCUUUCUUUUUGCCAUGAAAAGAAACAUAAGAGUUCUGAAAUCAUUUUUAUCCAUCACGGUAUAAUAAAUUAAUAUUGUGAAAAAUUUCGUAUUCUGAGCAUUUGACUAUAUUAGGUUGUAUUCGUGAAUUAUUGUUACACGUUGUAAGUAUUAUAGAUAAUUUUGAUAAUUAAGUUUUCAUUUUUUUGUCUUUUAAUGUAGUAUAUUUUGAUAAACGUGCAUAAGGGACAAAAAUCAAACAUUGUAAGAACAAUUAGAUGUUUCUAGCUCUUUCAAAUAAAGCCACGUGUUACAGUUAUUAUCAUCAUUAAAAAUUCUCAUUUCAGAUUGUAUCCAUGUAGCCUAUAACUGUAAUUAACAUCUUCAAAUUUAAAUACAAUGUAUGAUUUUAUUGACUUUCAAAAUUGUUUGAAACUUCAUAUAUAUUGUUAGAACCCUGUUCGCGAAGGGGUAGUUGUGUGAGUUUAAUCAGAUAACAGGGCCGGCCCGAACUAUUAUGGGAUCCUAUGCGAAACGGAUUGCGCGGGGCCCAGUCUGGGUAGAGAUAAGGAUAAAAAGGGAAAAUUAAGAUUUUGAAUAAAAAAAUAAAUUCGUCUUUGCAAUACAUUUUAUUAAAAUGAAAGCUGAAUUUUUUUUAUCGCGGAUAGGAUUGGCGUUUUCCAUGUUAAAUGACACCUUAAAAUGACAGUUUUGUCUAUUUUUAACAAGAUUUCGGGAUAUUUUAAUAAUUUCGGAUUUCCAGGAGCUCCUGGAAAAUCAGAAGGCCGCGGUUAUAAUGGUUUAAUUUAAUAAUUUACACCUAGAAUUAACGCCAGGCAUAUGAAAGUGCAGGCCCACCGCGGCCGCUUAGGUUGCAUAGGCCUAAGGCCGGCCCUGUCAGAUGACAAAGAUAACCCAGGUCAGUGCUAGACGAGCGGUCAACAGUGACGAGUGGCGACGCGGAAACGUUUCAGAACAGAUCUGAAUACUCAGGUUACUGCAAAACUACCACUCAAGGCCAACCUUAUCUUUAAAUCAGUAUCAGCUUUUUUUUUAAAGUAUUUUUUUUUUAUCUUAAAAUCUUUAAAGUUCUGUAAACUCAGAGUUUAUGUUGUAUCAUGGAAGCCGUGUUACCAACGUAGAUGAUUUUUGUAAGACUGUGCCUAUAAAGUUAUUUAAUAACUAUUGAGUGGUUAUGUUUAUCUGUUUAACUCAAAGGUACUCUGUCAAAUCAUACAUUAUAUGAUACUAUGCCUUUACAUAUUGUGACAUUGUAGACGCGUCAAGGUCUAAGAGAAGUGUAAACAGACGAGUUUAUCGAUAUAAUGGCAUUUCGAAGUUUCGGGUUUCUACGUAGUAGAUGAAAUAUGUAAAGGAGAUAAUUAGUUUCUAAUAGCAGGAUUUUGUAAUGUUUUAAGUCUAGGAGCCUAUAAAUAGUGUAGAUAAGCUUAAUAUCGGUGUCCAUCAGUUAAUAAGUUUCAAAUUUCACGUUAAGUCUACUUUUGAGAAACUAAUAUUUGAAAUUAAAUACAUCAUAUUUUCAAAGUGUAUGUUAAAGCUUUUAAUGAUUUCUACUUGAGAAAUGAAUUAAAAUCCUUUUAAUUUUUUUAAA